AUGCGAUGGUCGCUUCUUAACCAGCGGCACAGCUCGGGCUCGCUCUUCUCUAACAACCAGCGGAGGAGGGAGAGCUUCCAAAGUCUCAUCCAGUGGUUUGACACAGCACCGAGCCGGACGUGCCCGCAGUGCAGAAUCCAGGUCAGCAAAAGACACAUCAUCAAUAAGCUGUUUUUUGAUGUGGCGCUGGAGGAGCAGACAGCACCAGAUGCGGAGACCUUGCAGAAUGAGCUGGACAAGGUGAAGGCUCAGCUCUCCAUGACAGAGAAAGAAAAGCAGAAAUGCCAGGCUGUUGUGGAUGGGCUGAGGGACACUCUGGAUGUGCGCAAUGCCACAAUAGAGUCACUGCAGAAGGUGCUGGGAGAGACAGAGAUGCUGUGCUGUUCUCUCAAGAAACAGAUGAAAUUCCUGGAGCAGCAGCAGGAGGAUCACAGAAGUUCAAAGGAGGAGGCCCGCCGCCUGCGAAACAAGCUGAAAACCAUGGAGCGGAUCGAGCUGUUGCUACAGAGCCAGCGCCCCGAAGUGGAGGAGAUGAUCAGAGAGAUGGGAGUCGGGCAGGCAGCAGUGGAACAGCUUGCCAUCUACUGUGUCUCGCUGAAAAAGGAAUACGAAAACCUGAAGGAGGCUCGGAAAAUCUCUGGUGAGAUGACAGAGAAGCUGAAGAAGGAGCUGUUUUCUGUCAAUAGCAAGCUGCAGAAAACAGUUUCGGAGUUGGAGAAGACAAAGGAGGAGUUGAAAAGCACCCAGAAGGAUCUGAAGAACACAGACAAGGAGAUCUUGAGUUUGAAGAAGAAGAUAGACAUCCUGCAGGACACUCUGAAAGUCCCCUCUGUAACCAGAGAGACACUCAGUCGACUCGUCUUUGAAAGCCCCGCUCCCGUGGAACUGCGGCACCCGAUGCUCCACCGCCCGGCACACAGCGAUGAGAUCAAUCUAGAUGCCUCUUUUGAUGUGGACACCCCUGAGCAUCAGCCCUGCAGAUCUCUCAUCCCUGCAAAAAGGCAGAAGCUGGAUAAAAAGCCGCCUCCUGUGGUAAAUCUGGCGAAGAAAGUUCUGAAGGAAACAGUGGAGAACUGGGCAGAUGAUCUGGAGGACGAUGCUCUAAAAGGCCUUUUGCCAGCAUUCAUCAGGAACUCUGUUCUCUCCAAGAAGCCAUCUUCGGGAAGCUUGCUGGCUCCCCACAAGAACAUGGGCACGGUGAGGAUGGGGUACGAUGGCUUGGGAGGCAGAACAAAGUUCAUACAGCCUACAAACCUGUCGGAAAUCCGUCCCUCGGCAGUGAGGAGCAAGAAGAAGAAGGUCUCCAGGCCUGUGUCUGCAGCUCCCUCCGCGUCGUCCUCCAGCAGCAGCCAAGCCAGACUGGACAGUUUCCUGCAGUGA